AUGCAAACACUAGUAUUUGAGGGGUUGUGUGAAAAUAAUUUUUCUCUUGCUGAACCACAAAGACAUAGACUGAAACAGCUUCUUUGGGACAUACUGGCUUUUCUUUCUAUCUUCUUUCUUAUGGAUAUUAUGGCUAAUAACACAAGUUUAGGAAGUCCAUGGCCAGAAAACUUUUGGGAGGACCUUCUAAUGUCCUUCACGGUAUCCAUGGCGAUCGGGCUGGUAAUUGGAGGAUUUAUUUGGGCAUUGUUGGUUUGUCUGUCUCGAAGAAGAGCCAGCGCUCCCAUCUCACAGUGGAGUUCAAGCCGGCGAUCCAGGUCCUCGCACACCCAGAGCCUCAACAGAACUGGGUUUUACCGCCACAGCGGCUGUGAGCGCAGAAGCAACCUCAGCCUGGCCAGCCUCACUUUCCAGCGACAAGCGUCCCUGGAGCUAGCAAAUUCCUUCCCGAGAAAAUCGAGUUUCAGAGCUUCCACUUUCCAUCCGUUUCUGCAGUGUCCACCGCUUCCUGUACAAACUGAGAGUCAGUUGAUGACCCUGCCUUCUUCCAGCACAUCCGCCUCUGUCAACGCCUCCCAGCCUCUGAGCCGGCCGGACUUCCACUGGUCCAGCGACAGCCUCCGGGUGGGCUUCUCAAUCCCGCCACCACCUGCCUAUGAUUCCAUCAUUAAGGCAUUUCCAGAUUCCUGAGCACAGAAUGGCAGAACAUUGGAGACUCUGAAGUUCCUUGAUUCCAUUCGUUUAUAAGUGAGAGAAGCAAACAAAGAAAGCCGACCUCUGUUGCUGUGGCCAGAUGCUCCAAUUUUCACACGCGUUUUUCCAAGGUGGACUCUUAUGGUGCUUAUCUCCUCAAUCAUUAUCAUAUUAUUGAAGCAGAAAUCCUUGAAUUUUCUAGUGUGAGGAUUUAACUUCCUCACCACUGAAGUGAUGUUGUUAGAAAAGGAAAAGCACACAUUCAAUUAAUUUGACCUAAAAGCAAACUGGUUUUGGCAUUGAGCUCACAUUUAUCUUAAGGGAUUAAUUUUCUUUCUUAAACUUGGUUCUAGCAACUGGAAAAGCACUUUAUCUAGGGAUCUUCUCUUGUAACUUUGCAGACAAAUAAGGAUGAGUAACUGGGGAGACAAUCUCUUAUCAAAAGAGAAGCUUCAAUCAUGGAAAAUUCUUCUUCCUGGAUUGGUUCUCAGCCAUUAGGAAUCAUCUCCUGUCUGUUUCUCUAUGAAUUUCAACCCAAGUUUCUCUGAAGAGUCUUUGUGGAAUGGUUAAACCAUGCCAUGUGGUUGCUGGUGCAGACAGCUAUUUAAGAGGACCCUGUCUGCAGGUGUUCACCUGUGUCCAAGAGGGGACAUCCUUAAACGUGGGCACCAGAGAGAAUCUGUGGCCCCAUGUCAGGGGCUGCCUUUUGAAUUUAAUAACAGAAAUCACUGGAGUAUCAUUCAAAAGCUUGUGGUUCAUUUCUGAAUAAGAAAGUAUUUAGUGUAUGUUGCUCUUUGUUUCUCUAAA